AUGAAUCAGGGACGAGAAUUUGGCGGAGGCGGAGGCAAUAUCGCGAGGAAGACCGUCCUUCAAAUCAGAAGCGAUGGUGCUGACCGCCAGCGAUGGUGCGGCAGAAGGGCGAGGUCGCGGGGAGGAGGGCGCUGGCGGAGCUGUGGCAAGCGCACUCGCCGCAAAGUGGCGCUGUUGCCAGGAGGAAGCGGCGAUUGCGGAGCAAGCGGUGUCGCGGACUCGCUGGGAGGAAACGACGGCGGCGGAACAGGCGGGGUCGCUGGUUGA